CUUCUCUGCCUUUCUGUGUCCUAUAGCCUUGCUUUCAAGGCCCCCAUGCCGCCCUGGCCACCUGUCUCCAAAACCCUCUGGCUUCUACCACCAAGACAGAUGACAUUCCACGUUCUGUUCUAGCCGCUCUUUCCCCACUGUGGACAGCAUCCUCAACUGCCUGGCUGGCCGCAUCGUCUACAUGAUGGGGGAUUCCACACUUCGGCAGUGGUGGGAGUAUCUGCGAGACACAGUGCCCUCCCUGAAGCCAGUUGAUCUACAUGUCACAUAUCAGGCCGGUCCCCUGAUGGCUGUGGACACCACUCGGGGGACAGUGUUACACUGGAGGGCCCAUGGCUGGCCCCUGCGCUCUCUCCGCACCCCCGUGGCCUCGCUCCACUCUGUGGCCAGAGAACUGCAUGGCCUGGCUGGGGGACCCUCCACGGUGGUGGUGCUGGGUAUGGGAGCUCACUUUACCACCUUCCAUCCAUCCAUCAUUGCUCGAAGACUGGCAGGGAUUCGGGCAGCUGUGAAAGCCCUGCUGGACCGGGAACCCAGUACUCUGGUGGUUAUCAAACUGGCCAAUACUGGCUACAAAUCUGUGUAUGGCAGUGACUGGCUCACACUCCAGGUGAACAGGUUCCUCCGAGCUGCCUUUGUGGGUCUCCAAGUGGCCUUUGUGGAUGCCUGGGAAAUGACCUCCAGCUUGGAUCUGCCAGACUACAUCCACCCCAAGACACUCAUUGUCCGUAACGAAGUGGAAUUAUUUCUGUCCUUUGUCUGUCCCACCUGAAUGUUCCCAAAGGACCUGAGGCUGUGUGGAUGGAGAGCCUGCGUGUGGCCAUCUAAAGGGUGAACAGCAAGAGAUGGAAAAAUGAAGCUACCCCUGGCUUUCCCACUAUAGCACUUGGGCUACCAUUUUAUACAUCUCUCUAUGCACCACACAAAUAAAUCAAGUUUUAAAUAAAUGAGGUCAUAUUUUU